CUCGCGCGCCCGGUCCGUGUCGCGGCGAUGGGGCAGUGCCUGUCGUGGGCGCUGGGCCUCCUCCUGCCGUCGCUGUGGGAGGCCGAGGUCGCCGUCUCCGCCACGGCGCUGCUCAUCGCGGCGCUCGUCCUCUUCCUCCUCACGUCGGACCAGCACACCGCCAAGCCCACGGCCGCUGGCGGCGGCGGCAGCAGCUUGGCAGCCUCCUCCUCAUCGCGUCCCUCUGCGGCCGCAGCCUGCCGCUGUGACGCCGGGCGCGGCCGGAGCGGCGCCAGGGGCGAAGCGGUCUCCGAAAUCUCUUGCGCUCCGGGCGCCGGCGGCUACGUCAUCAAGGUAACUGCUGCUACAAGUCUAUCCACAGCACAGCAGAGGCACCCAUCGGCAGCUCUGAUCGAUCUAGAGCUGCUCUCUGCCAAGUACCUGAUCGGCGCCAACUUGGACGGCAGCUCCGAUCCCUUCGCCGUCAUCUCCUGCAGCGAGCAGAAGCGCUUCAGUUCCAUGGUGCCCAGCCCGAGAAACCCUCUGUGGGGAGAGGAGUUCAACUUCCUGGUCGAUCAGCUUCCGGUAGAGGUAACCAUAACUAUAUAUGAUUGGGACACUGCAUGCAAAUGCAAAGUUAUUGGAUCUGUAACUAUAGCUGUUCUCAGUGAAGACGAAACUGGGGCUAGUUGGUAUGAAUUGGACAGCAAAUUUGGUCAGAUCUGCUUGCGUCUUCGCUCAACUAAAGCAUUCCCAGAUUCUGAUAGCAGCUUUGAAGAAUGUACUGGAGUUGAGUCCCCGAGAAAGAUGAUACUGAAGAAGCAACGCCGGGAGAUGAUUGAAGGCAUUGGCCCUCUGCAAACCAUAUAUAAACUUCCUCAUGAUGAAAUUGUUCACCAAAGUUACUCCUGUGCUCUGGAGAGGUGUUUCUUGCAACAUGGCCGUAUGUACAUCUCCCAAUGGCAUCUGUGCUUCCAUUCUAACGUAUUCUCCAAACAACUGAAUGUGAUUAUACCAUUACAAGACAUAGACGAGAUAAAAAGAAGCCAGCAUUCUCUUAUCAACCCAGCCAUUACUAUUUUUCUUAAUGCUGGUGCAGGUGGACAUGGAAGUGGAACACCUCGUUCCUGCAGUCAAAAUGGAAGGGUUAGGUACACUUUCGCAUCAUUCUGGAGUAGAAACCGUACAUUUAGAGCUCUAGAGACCGCAUUACAUAGUUAUGAAGCAACCUUGGAAGCUGAAAAACAGGUGAGAGCACAUGUACUUCUACAAAAAGAAAGUAACAGUGUACUCGGUAGCAAAACAGACAGCACAAAGACACCAGGAAAAAACAUUGAAAAGUCUAUAACAUUCCAGCCUUUCAUCAACAAACAUGUUCUUGCAGAUGUAACCAGUAAGUUCUUCCCUGGUACACCGGAGAAGUUUUUCAGUACAAUAUUGGGUGACAAUUCAAUGUUUUUCCAGCAAUACCGAGAUGCAAGAAAAGAUACAGACUUGAAGCUGAGCAAGUGGUGCGCCUCAGAAGAGUACGGUGGCAAGGUUCGCGAAGUAACUUUCAGGUCACAAUGCCACAGUCCUUUGUGUCCUCCAGACACUGCAGUGACGGAAUGGCAGCAUGCUUCUUUCUCAAAGGAUAAGAGAAGCUUGAUAUAUGAGACAAAGCACCAGGCACAUGAUGUUCCCUUUGGCUCUUUCUUUGAGAUCCACAGCAGGUGGUCGCUAAGAACAACCUCCAGUUCAACAUGCCAAGUAAAUAUAAAGAUCGGGGUAAACAUGAAGAAAUGGUGCAUAUUACAGUCCAGAAUAAAAUCUGGUGCAACUGAUGAGUACAGGAGAGAAGUUUGCAAAAUUUUGGAGGCUGCUUGUGAUUAUUUCCUCAAAUCCGAGUCAAAUGGUCACGACAGUGAUGAGAUUGUGAUGGCAUCUUCACCGUGAAAACUUGCAUACCAAAAUCACGUACAGAGUGCCAUGCACAUAUACAAGUGCAGUGCAAACAGGUUUGCAUGAUUUUACAGGGUGGUUGUGAUCACAUCCCAAAUCUGGAAAACACCCAAGCCAACGAUGUUGUGGAGACAUCCAAGAAAAGCUGUGGUGGAAAGCCACCUAUGGAAACUGCAUCUGCACAAACAAGAGGCUUCAAAUCAUGGAGAUAUUCCUGCAAAGUAGCGAAUUGUUACGAGGCACCAUUCAGUACAUUAACCAAGUAAUCAUAGUAGUAGCCUAGUUUAUCGUUUCGUUUCGAACAAAAUAGGUCAAAUUUGAUGUUCGAUACAAGCUUCAAAAGAAAAAUGAAAGUCCAAACUUGUGUAAGGAUUGGUGCAAUUUGACUUCCAGCAGUAGUUAGUGCAAGUUAAUAGAUCUUUAACCAGUUCAUAUAAUGUAAGGUUCCCAGAAAAGAAUACAGGGGUCAGAAAUCUCUCA